AUGACUUCUUUAAAUCAGCAUAAUGCCAAGAAUACUUAAUUGAAUUCUCAGGAAAGUAAACACCGUCGCAUCCUGAGGUAAAUUAUGGAGCUGGAGCAGUUGGAGACGUUAAGCUUGCCAACAGACCGGAAAUGUAGCAAUAAACAGGAAGUUGCGCGAGGGAGGGAAUGUAUGAAAGGUUUCAUUUUUGCAAGAGUAACAGUUUUGUCUAAAACAUUUAGAUCUGGAACGUAAAGUAUAACGGUGGAGAACAUAUUUUGUCACAUAUGAAAGUCCAAAAACUUUUGUAUAAACAGAUGUGCAUAUAACUUUAGGUGCUACUUAGUUUUACUAGUCAUAUAAACAUGAAAUGCUCUCGUUACAUGUGUAUGCGUUUGAGUAACGUUACAUGUAGCUGUCGGCUGACUUACACUAGUGCAGGUUAUAGACGAUGGAUUGGCGUGCCACGGACGGGGACAGUGUGUAACAUCGGCAACAGGAUUCUUAGUGGCACUUACUUCACUUCCCAUGUUUCCAGAAUGGCGUCAAAGGUUGGAAGCUCUUCAAAGAAUGACAAGAAUUUUACUUUAAACGCGUGGGAAGACACUGCAACUCUGUAUGUUCAUUGGCCAUAUUGCUCAAAAAGGUGUACAUAUUGUAACUUCAAUAAAUAUAUCAACAAUAAUGUUGAUCACAGAAGAAUGGAAAGAUGUUUAGAAAAGGAGAUUCAAAGUUUGACCAAAGUGAGUGGUGUUAAGAAAAUAGGUUCUAUUUUCUUUGGCGGAGGAACUCCCAGUCUUGCACAGCCACAGACCCUGCAGAGGGUGGUAGAAACUGCUGCUGCCUGUGCUCUGUUACCAGGAGAUGCAGAAGUAUCUCUUGAAGCCAACCCAACUCUUUUAGAGACUAAAAAAAUUAGAGAGAUGAAACAAGCUGGAGUCAACAGACUCUCAGUAGGAACACAGUCCUUUAGUCAUAAAUUUCUGAAACUGCUGGGAAGAGAACACUCUGGAGAAGAUGCUGUCAGGUGUAUUGAAGAGGCAAAGUCGGUGUUUCCUGGGAAAACUUCUUUAGAUCUAAUAUUUGGCCUUCCUGAACAAUCCAUCAGUGAAUGGGAAUCAGACUUGAAACAGGCUAUAAAUGUAGCAGAUAACCACAUCUCCUUAUACCAGUUAACACUUGAGAGAGGCACUGCUUUAUUUAAAGAUAUCAUGAUGGGACAUUAUGUAAUGCCAGAUGAUGAUGUUGUUGCAGAAAUGUAUGAACUGGCUGUUCAGGUACUUGAAGAUGCUGGGUUUGAACGAUAUGAAGUUUCAAAUUUUGCAAGGAAGAAUGCAAGAAGUACCCAUAACCAAGCCUAUUGGAGAGGAGACAAUUAUAUUGGUGUUGGGCCUGGGGCACAUGGCCGAUUUCUUGUCCAUACCAAAGAGGGAAGACAUCGUGAGGCAAGAAUUCAAACCCUUGAACCUCAGCCAUGGAUGACUGAAGUGGAAAAGUAUGGAGAUGGCACCAGAAAGAGAGUUAUCCAAGAGACAAAUGAUAUACUGGAAGAAAUCUUAAUGCUGGGAUUGAGAACUAAAGAGGGAAUAUCGAAUGUGCAUUGGCAGAAAUUUAGCAACUCAUCCAUUCAAGAUAUAUUUGCUUGUAAUGAAGAUGUUCAAGAUUUUGUGGACUUAGGAUUACUCAGGCUUGAUGAGGAGAGCUUGUGCGCCACAAGUAAGGGACUAAAUGUCAUUGACAGUGUUCUGCGUGUACUGCUUAAUUCUCUGCACCAUAACCUACAAGAUCAGGACUCAAAACACACGUGACACAAACCUGUCAUUAUAACCAACAUUAUAUAUAUAUAUAUAUAUAUAUAUAUAUAAUAUUGAUAUCAAGAAAAAUGUAUCAAUCAUUUAAUAGCAAACCAAUGUUGAGGUGUCAUCCCAACUGUCAGUCCUUGAAUGUAAGUUCCUGCAGCAUAAAGAAAAUUUAGAAUUCAGAAUUUGACUGAUACAUAUUCCUGCAUCUUAUUUUACUGGAUGGCUACAAACAUUCAGUCAAAGUGCUCAUAUAUUGUGGUGAAAGCUGUCAGAAAAUUUGAAGCAACAUUUCCCAUAUGAUGAACAAUUAGAGAUUUUCCCCAUGCUUCUGGUUUAACAAAUGUAACAACCACAAUCAAGCAUUUUUUAUAAAACUAUGUUAAAUUUAAAUAUUAUAACCCAUAUAAGCCAAAGCAUGGAUAUACAUGUGUUUAGUUAUAAUGCAGCAGAGGUUCAACUUCAUCAAAUCCAUAGUAGCAUUCUAACUCCGUUGUUCUGAGUCUUAUGUCCUCUUGACUUUUCCUAUUCUGGUAUAUGGUAUGAAAUAUUAUGAUUAAGAAGAUAUAAGACAGUUUAUUAAUAAACAUAUUUUUAUUGUGCUAUUUGUCAGUACAU